AUGGGGGACAAGUUCGAGCUGCUCAAGACGGCCAAACGGAGCGCUCAGCGUCAGAAGGCGAGAGAGGGGAAAGCGCGGCUGCGGGUCAUCUUCCUGGAUGACAGCGAGCGGGUUUUUGAGGUCGAGCAAAAGAUCCUGGGCUGUGAUUUCUUCAAUAAGGUCUGUGGUCACCUAAAGCUCUUGGAGAAAGAAUACUUUGGCCUGGAAUUCCGUCACCACAACGGCAGCUAUGUGUGGCUGGAACUUCUGAAGCCACUGGCUAAACAGAUCAAGAACACCAGUGAUCCGGCAUUCCGUUUUAUUGUGAAGUUCUUCCCACCGGACCCAGGCCAGUUGCAGAAAAGCUUGACCAGGUAUCUAUUUGCCCUUCAGAUAAAACAGGAUUUAUCUAAUGGGAGCCUCACAUGUAAUGACAAUAGUGCUGCACUGCUGGUCUCUCAUAUAUUGCAAGCAGAAAUUGGGGAUUAUGAUGAAGAAUUGGAUGCUCAUCACUUAGAGAACAAGCAAUAUGUGCCAAACCAGGAGUACCUGGACCAUAAGAUCAUUCGCUUUCAUAAGAAACACAGAGGUCACACUCCUGCCCAGUCGGAUGUGCAUUUGCUGGAAGUUGCGCGGAAGCUGGACAUGUAUGGCAUUCGACCACAUCCUGCCCACGACGGGGAAGGCAUGAGGAUCAAUCUGGCUGUCACUCACAUGGGUGUACUUGUGUUUCAGGGUAACACAAAGAUCAAUACCUUCAGCUGGGCCAAGAUCCGCAAGCUGAGCUUCAAGAGGAGACACUUCCUUAUCAAACUUCACACUGAGGCUGGGCCUUCACGGAGGGACAUGGUUGAGUUCACCAUGGCGAGUAGAGACGUUUGCAAAACCUUCUGGAAGAUGUGUGUGGAAUACCAUGCUUUCUUCCGUCUGGCUGAAGAGCCCAAGCCACAUCAAAAGUCCCUCCUCUCCAGCAAGGGAUCCAGCUUCAGAUACAGUGGCAGGACACAGAAGCAGCUCCUAGAAUGUGUAGGAACUGGAGAUCACAAACACUUACCGUUUGAGAGACCACACUGCAAAUCUGACCACAAAUCUAGGCAAUGCAAAUCAUCCCCUGACUUACUCACCGACGUUUCCAAACAGCUCUAUGAGCAGGCCUAUCCAUUUCCCCACUUUGCUGUUUCUGAGCACCACAUGGAUGUGUUUUCUGAUGAGCUUGAGAGAUCACGGCCCUUGUCAAGAAACCCUGCCUUCUCAAGCAAGUCUGCAUCUCCGAAGCUGCGUUCAUUGUCCACUUCGGGAGUGGAGCGUCGAGGCAGGGGGUCCCAAAGACCGCGGGCAAAGAGACGCCAGUCCCCCAGCGCUCAGCACCUGGUCCUCCUGUAUCCCAACAGCCCCCAUCUGCAAUUCCACCCAGUCCUGCCAACAUUUCCUCUUCCAGCUUACCCAUACCUGCUUCAAGACCACACUUCUUCUUCUCUGGACCGCCUAACACAAGCUCAUCAGAGCCUCACUCCUCUGAAGCAUUUGUCCAGGCAGACAGGCCACUCUUCUUCACCUGCUUCUUCUCUUUCACCACCACGACGGCAGCAUCAUCUAGAGAGGCUCCGUCUUUCUGGACUGGGAUUGGCCGGAUCAAGGCCAUACCCCCUAUCAGGAGGAGAUGAGGGGGUGGGCUUGAACAGAAGGCUCAACACGGGAAGGACGGAAGCAGGGCACUACAGUGAUGACUCCACCUUUCAAACUGGAUUACCUCGUCGAGCCUCAAGCCAACCAAACGUGAAAUUCCAGAGACCUACACUUGCUUCCUCUGCUGCGGCCCAUGCUUCAGAGUUCCGGCCUCUGGGGUAUUAUCCUCAUCUUUCACGUCACCAGGUUCCUUCUAGACCCACCUACCUCCCUCUAAGCACCACCCCCUUGCCAGAAAGGCCCACCUCUUUGUGUGUACUUGGCACAGGGAAUUACAGCGAUUCAGACUCUGACCCCUUCUAUCCCUAUUACUGCCCUGCUCUGGGCAAAGUGGUACAUUCCGGCCCACUAGCACGCAUGCGCUUCUCUUCUGGAAGCCUGCAACUAGAUGAGGAAGAAGGGGAGGAGGACGAAGAUGUGGACAAUCAGAGUGAGGGGGAGAACAGUGCCCUCACUUCUGUCAAGGUAAUGAAACUGUAGCUCUACUCGUUAGGGCAACUUACUUUCACAACUUGCACAUAGUUAUUGAACUAUAGUCAGAGUAAGAUAAUAUUCUGAUAAUAUUUUCUUGGGCAAUAGUCAAUAGGCCUAGCCUGUUCUCAACAAAUCCAGUCACCAUGAUUUCUAAAAUGUCUGGAAUCGUAUAAUUUCAGUAUCAUUUUCUGCUUGUAUGUACAAACCAUGUGUAAAAGAUUAUGUCAGCAAUUUCUGCCUCAUCUUAUGUUUCUAGUUAUUUGUUUUGC